AUGUCACAACCAGCAGCUUUAACUGAUCCCUUGGGUAGUGUACCAAAAUAUGAUUUUUCUAAUGUACCGGUUCAAGCAUUUGAUGCCGUCAGAAUGAAACUAGCCCAACUUACUCAUUCCUUGUCUAAGAUUAGAGAUGACUUGUCUAAAGCAGACUUGCCCCAAUGGUAUUCCUUGCAGUCGCAACUUACUGUCACAUUAACCCAACUUUCUUCUCUCAAUUCAACACUACAGCAUUUUGAAGAAUUACUGGAUUCCACCGUUCCAUACCCGCUUCCUCAUUUUCCGACCACUGCACAUGAAGGACUAUUAACUACCUUGAUGAGGAAGAAACAAAUACCUGAAGUUGAAGCUUGGAUAAAGGAUGCCAUUGAUCAUAGUGGAAUAGAUAUAAAUAAUGAGAAUCAAGAGGACUUAGAGAAGUUUAUACAGAAGGAUAAAGCUAUCACAAAUUGGGCAUUGGAUUUCAUAAAUCACGAGCAUAGCAAUUAUUCAUUCCAAGGCCUAUACACCGCAGAGGAUCUUUCAAAUGGUGCAGGAGAUUCCAAGAUCCCGCUUUAUAGGUCUACAACAUUUAAGACUAAAAAUGUGUCGCCGUUUUCGAUCGAUAGCGUGCUGAAGUAUAUCUACCAAGGUAGUACUAAUGAAUCUUCCUCCGUAAGUGAGUAA